AUGGCAUCCUUUACAAGAAAAGGUUUCUCGUUUGACAUUCAUCAUUCCGGUAUGUUUCUGAAACACCCUUUAUCAUAUGUAGGUGGUAAGGUCGACACAAUCGAUAAUUUUUGUAUAAAAGGAAAUCUCACUAUGAAAUUUUUGAAUGAGGCUUUCCUAAAAAUAACAAAAACCACAAAAUGUACUAGUAUCUAUUAUUGUGUUCUUGGUAAAGACCUUAGUAAUGGAGGACUUAGGAUCAUCAAUGGUGAUGUGGAUUUGAAGAUAUUUCUUCAUCAUAUGUCGAAUACUAAUAGAAGAGUAUCUGUUUUUUUAAGUCAAUUUGUGGAUGACUUGAGUAAUUUCAUUAGAGUGGAUAUUAAUUUGAUUGAACAAUUUGGGAUUAAUAUUGAAGAAAAUGUAGUUGAAGAAAAUUUGGGGGACAAUAUUCAAGAUAACAUUGAAGUAAAUGUUGUUGAGGAAGAAAAUGGUGGAGAAGGAAACAUGGAAAAUGUUGAAGAGUCAAGUGAGGAAGGAGAUGAUUCUGGGCAUGAUUAUUCAACAGAUGAUGAUGAUGAUGAUGAUGAUGAUACUGCAUCUUUAGAUCAUAUCUCAGAUGUGGAAGAAGUGAUUGAGACUAGGCAGAAGAGACUAAAUAAAGAGGCCAAAAUUGAGGCAAGGAUGCUAAAUAAUGAGGAAACAAACAAUGCAAACUUAGAGAAUGAUGAAGGGAUUGAAGAUGAUACAGAGAAAGGUCCUAGGCAUAAUCCUAAAGUUCAUUGGAAGGUGAUGAAACCAGUGUUGUUGGAAAGAUAUGAAAGCCCAAAGCAACUCAAACAGUGUUUGACUAACUAUGCUUUGGCAAAUGGAUAUCAUAUCUUAAUGAGCAUAGUGACCAUAAGAAUAUUAGCUGUUUGUGGGAAGAAGGAUGAGGCAACUGGUAAAAGAUUCUGCCCAUUUAGGUUAUGGGCUACUUGGAUGAAAGGAGAGUGCUCAUUUCAGAUAAAGACACUUAUUGAUGAGCAUAGAUGUUAUAGAAAUUUUGAGGCUUGUUCUGCAGUGAAUUACAGAUUUGUUGCAGACAAGUUUGCAAACAGAAUUAGGCAAAAUCCCAAUAUUAAAUUGAAAGAGAUUCAAGAAGCAUUCAUGAAGAAGUUUAAGUGUAGUAUUUCAGCAAAUCAAGCUAUCAGGGCUAGAUUACAUGCAAAGUAUGAGUAUGAAGAGUCAGUGAAGAAGCAUUAUGAGAAACUAAGGGACUAUGGAGCAGAAAUGAUCAAAAGAAAUCCAGGGAGUACAGUUAAGUUGAAUGUUUCAAGAAAUCCAGAUGGUAAAAUAUAUUUUCAGGGUUUUUAUGUGUGUUUUAAGGGGUUGCAAGAUGGUUGGAAGGCUGGGUGUAGGAGAAUCAUACAUUUAGAUGGUUGUUUUCUAAAAACUGUUUGCAAAGGUGAAUUAUUGUCAGCAGUGGGUAGGGAUGCCAAUAACCAUAUUUUCCCAAUUGCAUGGGCUGUUGUUACUGUGGAGAACAAAGAGAACUGGGCAUGGUUCAUUGACUUGCUUAAAGAUGAUCUUGACUUGGGCAGUGGCAAUGGUAUAGCAUUGAUGUCAGAUCAACAUAAGGGUCUUAUUGAAUCUGUGAAAGAUAUAUUACCCAAUGCAGAGCACAGACAAUGUGCUAGGCAUAUUUAUGCCAACUUUAGGAAGAAAUUUAAUGGGGUUUUGUAUAGGAAUCUAUUUUGGAGAAUUUGCAAGUCUAGUCAUCCUACUUUAUUUGAUGAAAACAUGAAACAGUUGAAAGAGGCACACAUUGAUGCUUACAAUUAUUUGAUGAAAAGAGAACCAAAAACAUGGUGUAGGGCCUUUUUUAGAAGUGGAAUAGCAUGUGAAGCUGUAGAAAAUGGGAUUAGUGAGUGUUUUAACUCAUUGAUUGUUGAAAUAAGGAAACUGCAGGCUACAUGGAAUGAUGACAUCUGUCCAGCCAUAAGGAAAAGAUUGGAACUAGCAAAGGAUGAACAGAUCAAUUGGAAGGUGGUCCCAGGUGGAGGUGCUCAGUUUGAGAUAAUUAAAGGAUGUGAAAGCUACAUAGUUGAUGAAAAGAAACAAGAAUGCACAUGUAGAAUGUGGCAAUUGUCUGGUAUUCCUUGUCCGCAUUCUGUUGCUAUGUUGUUUUACAUUAGAAAGGCACCAGAAAAUUAUGUGUCUAGCUGGUACAAAAUUAGGACUUUUCAAAGUACAUAUUCUUAUUGCAUUAAUCCAAUGAGUGGCAUAAGAGAUUGGCCAAAGGUUGAUCGACCUCACCCUUUACCACCAAUGGAAAGAAGGAUGCCUAGUAGGCCUAAGAUCACUAGAAGGAAAGAUGCAAUUGAGAAUGCUGAUAAAGGUAACAGGGCCAGUGGUAAGCCAAGGAGGACUGGAUUGGUGAUGACAUGCUCAAACUGUCUUGAGGAUGGUCACAACAUUAGAUCUUGCCAAAAUGCAACAAAGGUGCCACCACCUAAGGAGUUUAAAAAGGCUGGAAGGGCAAGAGUAAGUGAGUUCAAUGAAGGUGCAGGAAGAGGUAUUGGAAGGGGUUCUGGCAGUGGUGGAAGGGGUAAUGGAAGGGGUUCUGGCAGUGGUGGAAGGGGUAUUGGUAGAGGUGCAGGAAGAGGUACUGGUAGAGGUGCAGGACACAAAAUUCCCAAGGGAAUUGGAGUUACAUUUGACCCUGAAACUGGUGAAACAGUCAUAGGGGUAAGUUACAUUCUAUUUUAUUUUGUAUGUUAG